CAACGCCGCCGCAGCCCGGGGCUCGCCAUGCUCCUGGCCUCGGCCGUGGUGGUCUGGGAAUGGCUGAACGAGCACGGCCGCUGGCGUCCCUACAGCCCCGCGGUGAGCCACCACAUCGAGGCUGUGGUCCGUGCGGGCCCCCGCGCCGGGGGCAGCGUGGUGCUGGGCCAGGUGGACAGCCGGCUCGCGCCCUACAUCAUCGACCUGCAGUCCAUGAACCAGUUCCGCCAGGACACGGGGACCCUCCGCCCAGUUCGCCGCAAUUACUACGACCCGUCCUCGGCUCCCGGGAAGGGCGUGGUGUGGGAGUGGGAGAACGACAAUGGCUCGUGGACGCCCUACGACAUGGAAGUGGGCAUCACCAUCCAGCACGCCUACGAGAAGCAGCACCCCUGGAUCGACCUCACUUCCAUCGGCUUUAGCUACGUCAUUGACUUCAGCACCAUGGGCCAGAUCAACCGGCAGACCCAGCGCCAGCGCCGCGUCCGCCGGCGGCUUGAUCUCAUCUACCCCAUGGUCACUGGCACCUUGCCAAAGGCCCAGUCCUGGCCAGCCAGCCCCGGGUCGGCCGCCUCGCCCCCGGGCCCGCCCUGCUCCUGCCCACAGUGCGUCCUGGUGAUGAGCGUCAAGGCGGCAGUGGUCAGCGGGAGUGCCGGGCCCCUGCAGCCCCCAGCGGCCCGCAAGAACAUGCCCCCAUCUGGAGCGGUCAAGAUGCCCCCCCUUCCAGGCCCUGGGGCCAAGCCAAUGGACAGCACGGGCACCAUUCGAGGCCCAGUAAAGACCGCCCCGUCACAGCCAAUCCGGCGACAAGCCUCCAGCACAGCGGCAGGGGCCACCGCGGGCUCUCCUGCCAGCCCCCCAGGGGCCAAUAGCAAGACGGGAAGGGUGGCCCUGGCGACUUUGAAUCGUACCAACCUGCAGCGACUGGCCAUCGCCCAGUCCCGGGUGCUGAUCGCCUCCGGGGUCCCCACUGUUCCAGUGAAGAACCUAAAUGGGUCUAGUCCUGUCAAUCCUGCCUUGGCAGGAAUCACUGGGAUACUCAUGAGUGCAGCCGGGCUGCCUGUGUGUCUCACCAGGCCACCAAAGCUGGUGCUCCACCCGCCCCCUGUCAGCAAGAGCGAAAUAAAAUCCAUUCCAGGGGUUUCCAACACAAGCCGCAAGACCACCAAGAAACAGGCCAAGAAAGGUAAAACCCCAGAAGAAGUGCUGAAGAAGUAUCUGCAGAAAGUCCGGCACCCACCGGAGGAGGACUGCACCAUCUGUAUGGAGCGCCUCACGGCCCCCUCAGGCUACAAGGGCCCGCAGCCGACGGUCAAGCCUGACCUGGUGGGAAAGCUGUCCAGAUGCGGCCACAUCUACCACACCUACUGCCUGGUUGCCAUGUACAACAACGGCAACAAGGACGGGAGUUUGCAGUGUCCAACCUGUAAGACCAUUUAUGGGGUGAAGACAGGCACCCAGCCUCCUGGGAAGAUGGAAUACCACCUCAUCCCACACUCCUUGCCUGGCCACCCAGACUGCAAAACCAUCCGUAUCAUCUACAGCAUCCCACCUGGCAUUCAGGGGCCGGAACAUCCGAAUCCUGGCAAGAGUUUCAGCGCCCGUGGCUUCCCGCGACACUGUUACCUUCCAGACAGCGAGAAAGGGAGAAAAGUUCUGAAGCUGCUGCUGGUGGCCUGGGAUCGCCGCCUCAUUUUUGCCAUUGGUACCUCCAGCACCACGGGCGAAUCAGACACUGUCAUCUGGAAUGAGGUCCACCACAAGACAGAGUUUGGCUCUAAUCUCACUGGCCAUGGCUACCCAGAUGCCAAUUACCUGGAUAAUGUGCUGGCUGAACUGGCUGCCCAGGGCAUUUCUGAGGACAGCACUGCCCAGGAGAAGGACUGAGCUGGAAGGGCUUUGAGGGGGAGGGUUGUGG